UCGGAAGUUGUCCGGUCGGAAACAGAGGGAUGUGGCUGCUGGCGGUGUUGGUGCCUCUUCUCAGGCUGUAUUUCUGCGGAAUUAAAGUUCUUAUCUAUCAGACGUUCAACAGAUCUUUUACGCUGCCAGUCUUACCCAAGCAAAAUGGAAGGGUUGCCGUUGUGACUGGGGGUACCAGAGGAAUGGGUUUUGAGACAGCGAGACACCUGGCAAGCCUGGGCAUGCAUGUUAUCAUAGCUGGGAACGAGAAAGAAGAGGGCACAGCAGCCGUCAGGAGGAUUCAUGAAGAAGGCAGCGAGGGGAAAGCUGAGUUCAUCUUCCUGGACCUGACCUCACUGAAAUCAGUGAAACGGUUUGUUCAGAUGUUCAGAGACAGAGGUCUCCCUCUCCAUGUUCUGUUUAAUAAUGCUGGAACCAUGCUGGUUCCUGAAGCACAGACGGUGGAUGGCUUUGAGUUCCACUUUGGGCUCAACUACCUCGGCCACUUCCUGCUGACCAACCUGCUGCUGGACGUCCUGAAGAGGUCAGGAAGACAGGGCCGCUGCUCCCGAAUCGUCAACAUGUCCUCUGCUACGCACUACGCCGGAGUUGUGAACAUGGAUGACUUAAACAGGAGGAUCUGCUACAGUUCCCAUGGUGCCUACUCCCAAAGCAAACUGGCUCUGGUCCUCUUCACCUACUACCUGCAGGAGCAGCUGACUGCCGGCGGCUUCCCAGUGACCGUCAACGCCGUGGACCCCGGCAUGGUGGACACGGCGCUGUACGACAACCUGUGGAGCCUCGCACAGGCCCUGAAGAAACCAGUUGCCAAGAUACUAUUCAGGAGUCCAGCAGAGGGAGCAUCCACAGCCAUCUACGCCGCAGCUGCCUCUGAGAUGGAAGGUGUCGGAGGCUCUUACCUGUACAACGGCCAGAAAAGGCAGUCCUCCGACAUUUCCUACGACUCUGAGCUACAGGCUAAGCUGUGGAAGAAGAGCUGUGAGCUAGUAGGCCUUCAGGAGGACUGACGGACCCCACUGGGACCCUCGCACAAGGAGCGCUAUCUGGAGCUCACUAAUCAUAUCGAACCACUGCCUGACUUUAUAUUGUUCCAACAUGUACAUUAAGAAUUAAUAUCUCCAUGCUAACCGCUAAUGCAGUAGUCCUGUAAACCUAACCAAACUAAAAUGACUAAACUUGCCUUUUAGUAAUGCAGUAAUGGCCUGCAGGUACAUAAAUUAAGAAAUAAUAAUAAUAAUCAAAUUAAUAUAACUGAUGAAACAUACUUUUUAUUAAAUUGCACAUCCAUGUUUUUGUUAGCCCGGUUCCAUACCUUUCUAUUACUGCGAUGGUUAGAGAAAUAAUCCACCGACAAUGGAAAAUAGCCACAAAAAUGGCGACAGUUGGGGAUGAGCUGGACACAGGUGCGCUUCUUACACAGUCGACUCACAGAAAUAACAACUCGUAAAUCAACAUAUUUAUGUUAACAACUUGAAAAAGGUUAACAGUGAAAGUAAAUUAAGUUUCUGUGUUGACUAGGCGGGACAGAUGUGUCGCUCACCGUUCACUGGUUUGGGAAAAACAAAAUAAACCCAAACAGAAAUGACCUAAUAUGACUGAAAAAUGAGGUGAAAUGAAGUAACAGUCUGAUUAUCCGUCUGCUCUCUAAUUACUAAGAUGUCCAAGAUAUACAGGAGAAGAUUCAAAAUCGUGUCAGUAUUAAAAGGCUGCGCAUUGUGUCUGAUUAGACCUCUGUCCAGGGUAAAGCUAAUUAAUGCUGUGCUGGUAAUUAAAGCUUACGCCCUUUAGGACCUUAUUUCAGCAAAAAUAUGUACAGUAGUCAACGGUAAGAGACAACUUUAUCCCAUUUAAAUUGUGCCCUGAAUUACCCUGAAUAUUAUGAUGUUUGUCAAUUUAUAAGAUAAAAGCUGUAGUUGGUUGUAAGUAAGUAAAGUAACAUUUAGUUUUGUGAAAACUGCUUGGUUGCUACUAGCUAGGUAACUUAGCUAUGUUCCACGCACAGUUUAAUCUGAUGUAUUUAAUCCAACGACUCCUGAUCCUCUUAUCACAUGUACACAUGGAGGUUAUUUUACCUUAGCUUCGGUAAUAUUAGCUUUAGUUAAUAGGGGCGUUUUAAGAUGACCGCAGCUGACUUUCGCUGACUUGAUAGUCAGACGUGAGUGCAGGGGUUAAGCAGUGUUCAAUCAGACACAUUAUACUUCCCAUAGAGCGCAUGAGCUUACUGUGAGCUUAAAACAGAUCUUGCUGCAAUUGCCUUUGCAAAUGCCGUUAGAUCAGGCAAAAUGGUGGUUCCAACUGGGUUCAGCCGGAGAAUAGCAACUGCGUCGUCGGCCUGACUCAGAAAACUGAUGCCAGUUUGCUCCUGUGAGGUUUAAUUUUAUGUGACAUGGUGACGUUUUGCAGCGCCGCCUAAAGUUGGACAACAUUUCUAACCAGCAUGCCAAAGUUAAGUCCAGCAUGCAUCACGUUAAGUCAAUGAUGCAAAGUUUAAUGACAAAUUGCGACUUGACUUGCAAAAUUAACUUUUAAAUUGACAAACCUCAUGCUUGUAUUUCAGGGCACAAUUCAAAUAAACAUUAGUUGUAUAUACUUUUUCUGAAAUAAGGUCCAUUGGAAGGGGAGUGACUAGUGCUCCAACUCUAUCCGAUACGCUAUGCUCUCCAUUAGCUAUACGAUUAGCUCUGUUAGCUUAGUCACCAGAAUGGUAUAGCUAAUAAACUGUAUAAUGGUU